UUUGCCCGAAGAGGGAGGGAGAACGAGUUCUACGUCAAACGUUAGCAAAGUUCGUUUUUAAAAAUAUUAAGCUUGAUUUAUUAAUUCGUCGUCGUGAUCGGGAUAUUUUAGCAGUUGUACUUACUGGAAUUAUUCGCACAAUAUUAAGGUCACUGAAGAUGCCUACUGUGAAGUACCAGAAAGGGGACACUGUGAUGGGCCGCUGGCCCGGCAGCAGCCUGUACUAUCAGGUCAAGGUGCUGGGCUUUGAUUCCAAAAGCCAGCUCUACACUGUCAUCUACAAAGAUGGUACAGAGCUGGAGCUCAAGGAGCAAGACAUUAAGAGUGUCAGUGGUUUCCAGACCCGCUCCCGUUCUCGCUCUCGUUCCCGCUCACCAGGCCGCCGUCGCAGCCGUUCACGCUCCCCGGCAAGGACCACACGUCGCUCGUCAGCUCGUACAGCGGCAGCCGUUGCUGCUACAGCAAUCACAGAGAGUACACCGUCUUCUCGCAGGGAUAUCAGGCUGAAGGAUACAGUGGAAGUGAGGCUCAGCCCUAUGGAACAGACAAAGGCAGCAGAGAACAGUAGCAACAAUAAGCAUGAAAAGAAAGAGGAGAAUAACACUGCUAGCAAAGUGAUUGAGAAGUCUGAAGCUAAGGUGGAGGCAGAGUCUGAGAAAAACCAAGGUCCUUAUAAUCUACGCCGUAGGAAGGCUGACGGAGAUGCCAAACCAGCUGAAGCCAAACCAGAUCAGCCAGAAAAAAAGGCUAAGGAGGCUGCAGCACCGUCCACCAUCCCCUCCGCCCCACUCGACUUUGGAGGAAAGAUAGGAGCGUACUUCUGGCUGCUCUUCUUGCCAGCCUGGGUUCUCUUUGUAAUACUUCAAGGCAACCUAGCGGACCCCAGUCUGAUCAAUGCCCCCCCUCCUCUGCCUCCACUUGACACCUUCUGGGAUGCCCAGGCUCUUGGCUUUGUCAUCCUCUGGAUCUUAUUUCAGGCACUGCUUUACAUCCUGCCAGUUGGAAAACUGAGUGACGGCAUGCCACUGAGGUCUGGAAUGAGGCUGAAGUACAGAACCAAUGGUUUUUUUGCCAUAGUGGUGAGUGCUAUAGUGGUGGCAGUAGCAGUACACCAGGGCGCUGAUCUCACCUACAUCCACAGCCACUUCCUGCAGCUGGCGACUGCCACCUUCAUCAUCUCUGUCCUGCUCAGCAUCUACCUGUAUGUCCGCUCUCGCUAUGCUGCCUCAGAAGAGCUGGCACUGGGGGGAAACUCAGGCAAUGUGGUUUAUGACUUUUUUAAAGGACGUGAACUUAAUCCCCGCAUCAAAAACUUUGAUCUGAAAUUCUUCUGUGAGAUGCGCCCUGGACUCAUUGGCUGGUGUUUGAUCAACUUUGCCAUGGCGUUGGCUGAGAUGAAGAAGCACAAUCUCGAUGCUCCAUCAUAUGCCAUGAUCCUAGUGAACCUGUUCCAGCUGCUCUAUGUGGUGGACGGCCUCUGGAAUGAGGAGGCUAUUCUGACCACCAUGGACUUGAUGCAUGAUGGUUUUGGCUUCAUGUUAGCUUUUGGUGAUCUGGUGUGGGUUCCUUUUACGUACACCUUGCAAGCGUAUUACCUGGUCCUCCAUCCCAACGCCCUGAGCCUGCCAGCAGUCACAGCCAUCAUCACACUCAAAUUGAUUGGGUUCUAUAUCUUCAGAAAAUCCAACUCUGAGAAGAAUGCCUUCAGGAGAAACCCAUCCGACCCUAAACUGUCCCAUUUGAAAACGAUCCCUACAGCUACAGGUAAAAGUCUGCUGGUCUCUGGCUGGUGGGGAGUGGUCCGCCACCCUAACUAUUUGGGAGACCUCAUCAUGGCUCUGGCCUGGUCCCUACCCUGUGGUUUCAGCCACCUCCUGCCGUGGUACUACAUGAUCUACUUCAUCAUCCUGCUCGUACACCGAGACUCACGUGACAUGAGCGAUUGCAGGAGGAAGUAUGGCUCGGCGUGGGACGAGUACUGCAGAACUGUCCGCUACCGGAUCAUCCCCCGCGUCUACUGAGGAAAUCGACCCUGGACACUCAGAGCUGAGGACAUUAUUUUUGUCUGUUUUCAAACCAGUAUAAACAGCUGUGUGAAGGCUCCCAAAAUAUGAAUGACCGAUUUGACCUUUUGUACUUUUGAUUGCUUAAUUCUGAACUGAAGGAGCACUGAAUUUUUGGUGAUCAUGAUAUUAUGGACUUCUUGAAAAUUGCCUUUUUUAUAAUUAAAAAAAAUUAAAAUGUAUACAUAAAAGUUUACAAAAUGAGGGGAAAAAAUGAAACACCUCUGCUAGGAAUGUCUUGUUAGGAUGUAUAUUUUUGUAUAUACAUAUUUUGUUUUUAUACUUAAAGAAUAACACACCACACGCUUAUGUUUUUGGUACAUGUUACCGUGCCCCAAUUCUAAAAAUAUUACAGCAUCAGCUUGGCUAAUAUGGAUGAUUUUGUAAGUAUGGCUUCCUGUUAGGAAUUCUGUGGCUUAUGCAUAUGUUGAAGGAUGGGAUGGAAAAAUGCUACCCUCUCUGAUAAGCUGUACAGUGGAACUAUGACUCGGUGUUUCUUCUCAGGACCAGGGAUGUUGUCAGAAAGUCAGAUUAGAAAAGUUUUGUCUUAAUUUUGAUGUGAAUACUUUUAUAGAGAGAUCUAGUUUUGAUUUGAAAUUGUAAAAAUGAUAUUAGAGGCUUUGGGAAAAAUGCACUAAUGUGUUAAAGCAUUUUUUUUUUUUUUUCUUUUGCGUGAUCACUUCCAAAGUGUUUAAAUUUGGCUUUGCUACCUCAGAUUCACUCACUGUCCACUUCUUCCUCCUUGGUGCUCUCUGGGAGGCAGUGUGUGUAAUUAUGAGUGUAAUGUCACAGCUCAUGACAUAAACUUGUGAAUAUGUAAUUUUCUAAUAUGAACAUGUGGCAAGUCUCCACAUCACAGGUGAUGGAACUUUGUGUUUUUUUUCACCUCCCCACAUAUUCCACAGUUAUUUCUAGAUGUUUUCCUCAUCGUGUUCUGGGUGAUGAUUUCCCUGCAGUGUCACAUCAAUUUGGUGUUUUUAUCUUUUCAAGCUUUAACUUGCCAGGUCAGCUGACAGUGGCCUUUAGUGAAGUUUAUACUGUGACAACAUGAGGAGCAGUCGACUGUGUAGGCAUUUGUAACCUGUGCAUUUUCAAAUCCAAAUUAAGUAUUUUUAUGCCCGUGCAACUGUAGGCAAUAAUACAAGUAGCAAUAGAUAACUCCAUUAGGUAGCAUUUUUUUUUAUGCUGUUCUGACUGAAUACCAUGUAAAUAUUUUUUUUAAAUCAUGUUUUAAUUAAAGUAAGUAAAAGUAGUAAUGCCAGUAAUGUUUCUCAUUAGAUAUUUAAUGUUGCUUUUUAAUUUUGACCACUGUAGAUGUUUCCACACUUAGAUCUGCCAUGGUUCUAGACAAAAUUCAGAAUUGAUUAAAGCAUUUUAGAAAGGUGUUUAUACUCUUCACCUGAUAAGAGAGGGGAAAACAAUUAAGUCUGAUCCUUGAGAUGUUGACCAUUCUCUUUGCUCCAGCACCCAUUGUGGUAACACAAAACUUGUUUGCUUUGACUGUGACUGGUGAGCAAUACUUUGGAUGUAUUUUGAUAUAUGACAGCAAUAAAUAAGGAUAUUAACUAGUCCAGGAGGCUGCCUAUCAGUUCUGUGACAGCAACUGGACAAAGCUAACCUGUACAAAUGUUGCAGCAUGAAAUAAAGAAUUACAGUAUUUCA